AUGACAGAGGGCGAAGCUCAUGGCCCGGCAACAGCCGUUGCCGGGGAAACAGAGGUUCCUGCCCGGCAUACUUCUCCUGCCCCUCAAACCAAGGAGCUAGAGCUGCUGGAAGUGGUGGCUGAUAUAGGAAGGGCUGUCGCAGAUGAGGCCGUAGAAAUUGCUGCCGCUGAGGGACAGGAUCUCGCUGCCGGGGAUGCACAGGGCUCCUUGGCGGUGACAGAGCAUUCUUCGGAGGAUGUCCCGGUAGGGGAAGUGGCCGUCGAGGCGCUCAAUGAGCAGCGCGAGUCCGCCAACAAGGUGGACCAGAAGCUGAAGCAUAAGUGUCUGGAGUUGCGCGAGUGGAACGACAAGCAGUUCAGGGUGCUCAUGAGGCAGGAAGAGACGCUCCUGAUGACGAGAGAAGACGUCAUGGCUCGGGAGGCGCUUCUGGAAGACCACAAGGCAUCUCUGGAUGCCAGAGAGCGAGAGAUCGCCCUCCAGGAGGAGAAACUCGAAGCUACUCUCCGCUCCAAGGAUGAGGAACUGGAGGUCCUUGUGCGAGAGCGCACCAAGGAACUGGAGGACAAGCACGGAGCCGCCCUGGACGCCCUCAUCGCUGACCAUGCUGCUCAGCUGAAGAAGCUUACUGAGGAACUGGAUGCCGCAUCUGCCGCCAAGACUGACCUUGACUGGCAGGUGGCUAAGCUGAAUGAGGAUCUCGCCAGGGGCGCCAAGGAGGUCGAAGCACUUAAAGAGGGGUCACGGCAGCCGAAGAUCCAGUUGGCUGAUGUGCAGUCGCGGCUCUCCUCCAAGACCCAGAGCCUUGAGACUGCCAACAGCAAUGUCCUGGACAUGAAGCCAAGGAUCGGCAUGUUGGAGCAUUUGGCGGAGUCCCGCCAGCAGUUGUUGUCCAAGGAUUUAGACACCGCCAAGCAUCUCCGGCAGGAUGCAGAGGACAGGCUGAAGCAUCAGGUCGCUCUAAGUAACCUCUGGAUCAAGAUCCUGAUCGACAUGGCCGAGCGUCUUGGUGCUCAGGCUGCGGUGAUGGGCAUGGACGGCCCAGUCUUCUCGGUUAGCAAGCAAGAGGUCCCAAGCGUCAAGCUGGGACUAUUCUUCAAUGGGAUGAUCGAGAAGCUAAAAGUGCCUGAAGAGGUGAGGGCCGAGCGCUUUGCGACCGAGACCCGGAAGCAUGCCCGUCAUGCCCUCUUCAUGGUCUUGAGCAAUAUCGCCUGCCGCCAUCCGGAACUCGACCUUGACGACGGAUUCAAGAAGCUGCUAGCGGGUGCCGACAUCACGGCAGCCAAGGAGAAAGUGGCACCACGGGCCAACAGGGUUCUCCAUGUUUGA